CACAAUCUAGAAGCAAGACUGUGACAUCCCCCACCAUCAUAGCCACUUCCUCUUGAAUCAAGGAGGAAGGUCUUGUCUUCUCUCUUCAGAGCGGAGCCUGGCAUCUCCCCAGCACAGACGUUGAACAGAGCAGGCUCCUGAGGUCUCCAGGAUGCCUAACCCGGCCUCCUGGCCCCACCCUCCUGGUCCCCUCCUGCUGCUGACUUUACUGCUGGGACUCACAGGAGUGGCAGGUGAGGAGAAUGUGCAGGUGAUGCAGCCUCAGAAGUCCGUGUCCGUCGCAGCUGGAGAGACGGCCACUCUGCACUGCACUGUGACCUCCCUGGUCCCUGUGGGGCCCAUCCAGUGGUUCAGAGGAACUGGACCCGGCCGGGAAUUAAUCUACAAUCAAAAAGAAGGCCACUUCCCCCGGGUAACAACUGUUGCAGACCAUACAAAGGGAAACAGCUUGGACCAUUCCAUCCGCAUCAGUAACAUCACCCCAGCAGAUGCCGGCACCUACUACUGUGUGAAGUUCCGGAAAGGGAGCCCUAAUACGGAGUUGAAGUCUGGACCAGGCACUGAGCUGUCUGUGCGGGCCAAACCCUCCGCCCCCGUGGUGUCAGGCCCUGCGACGAGGGUCACACCUGAGGACACAGUGAGCUUCACCUGCGAGUCCCACGGCUUCUCCCCCAGAGACGUCACCCUGCAAUGGUUCAAAAAUGGGAAUGAGCUCCCAGCCCUCCAGACCACCGUGGACCCCGCAGGAGAGAGCGUGUCCUACAGCAUCCGCAGCACAGCCAAGGUGGGACUGACCCGUGGGGACAUUCGCUCUCAGGUCAUCUGCGAGGUGGCCCAUGUCACCUUGCAGGGGGACCGUCUUCGUGGGACUGCCAACUUGUCUGAGGCCAUCCGAGUUCCACCCACCUUGGAGGUUACUCAUCAGCCCAUGAGGGCAGAGAACCAGGUGAACGUCACCUGCCAGGUGAAGAAGUUCUACCCCCAGAGCCUACAGCUGACCUGGCUGGAGAACGGAAACGUGUCCCGGACAGAAACAGCCUCAACUCUCAUAGAGAACAAGGAUGGCACCUACAGCUGGGCAAGCUGGCUCCUGGUGAACUCAUCUGCCCACAGGGAUGGUGUGGUGCUCACCUGCCAGGUGGAGCAUGACGGGCAGCCGGCGGUCAGCAGAAGCCUUCGCCUGGAGGCCUCAGCCCGCAGGAAGGAGCAGGGCUCAGAUGUCACCCAUGGCCCAGCACUGGCUCCUACUGCUCCACUCCUUGUAGCUCUCCUCCUGGUCCCCAAGGUACUACUGGUGGUUGGUGUCUUUGCCAUCUACAUCUGCUGGAAACAGAAGGCCUGACUUUCCUUCACUCCUUCCCUGCCGUGUGAGAUCCUCGGUCUCUGCUGCCUCCCUCCUUCCUCUAGAGGCUCAGCCUGAGAGAAGGAGCUGGUGAGAAGACUCCUCAGACUGAGCUCCAAAUGCCUCCCUUCCCAGGACAUCUGCCUGCCCACAGACUCCUGUCGCUCCUUCACAAGGCCUUGAUGCUCCAGAGCAGGGUCUUUGUUCUUGGUCCUGAGCAGGGGACAUGGGAUUGGGCUGGAGGCACUGACUCAUGGCACCUCCCUAGAAUGUGAGAAACACGCCAAAUCUGAACACAUCAGGACUCCUCCCAUCCAUCGCCUUGGGACUGACUUUAUACCACAGACUCUCUCCAGGCUCUCAAGAGUUACGUUGUCUUCUGGAUUACUGCCUACCCCAACUCCCCAGCCUUGUUGAGGUUCUCUGUUGCCUCCUGCAUACACAUGAACCCCUGUAACAAUUUUAAGAAAAAAUGAUUCUCCUUC